AUGCCUCUCAUCCUCCGCGCACUCACCACGACCGGCCAGCUGUCUCUCGCGCUGAUAGAUCAGGCCGCCUCCAGCCUCUUUGGCAUACUACGCACUGCAAUUCAACACAACCCCGCACCGACGGAAGGAGUUGAAGACGCGAGCGCGGAAACCCUCAUGACCAGUGAAACGGAUGAGGGUGCUUCGCUCGCCGACGACGCCUCGCAUCCUUCAGAAGAACAACGCUCAGGCUCAUCUUCGGCGUCAGACUCUUCGGACUCUGACUACGAAGAGAGCAGCGACAGCAGCGAAAUAAAAGCGUCUCUCGAUGAAGUGGUCCCCGAGACGCGCUCGCAGGAGCACGAAGAGCAACUGGAAACCGCCGACCCCGAGCAAGACGCUGGCGAACCCGUCGCCUCUGCCUCAUCUACUCGGAGUACGCGCUCGGUUUCUACUCAAGGCACUUCACGGGACGCCCGGCGCGCGUCGAACCAUCCCUAUAGGUACUCCGCAGCACCCUUUGCCAGCGGCACUGCCAACCUUUCAGAACAUCUUCAGAACUCCCCCGUCAGGCGCCACCGCGACUUCCUUCGCGCUGGCCCUCGCACCCCAUCCCCGGCCCCCGCUCCUAUAGUCGCCGCCACCACGCCUCGCCGCGCGCAGCCGCAAACCAACGCCGUCGCAUCGGGCUCAGGCUCGCGCCCUGCGAAGCGCCCCCGGGACUCCGACGCCGACGACAGCAGCGCCUCAGACACAGAGACAGAACUCGACGAGCCCCCACGCACGCGCCGCCGGAGGUCGAUAUCGCACCCCGGGUGUACGCGCACCGAGUGCGAUUUCGCAAGGAACCUCCCUCUCUUGGACCACGGGUUCAGCGCGCGGAUGGCGGAGAUGGAGGAAGAAGAGACCUGGAGCACCGCCGCGCAGGCGUCCGACGUCGCGCCGGACCCGGAGGAUGCUGUGUUCGAUAACAUUUCCGACGUGGACGCGGACCUGAACUACACGGUGUUCGAGAACACUCGGAGCAGGACGCGGGGGAGGAGACGUUCUCGGGAGGAGCGGGAGGACGAGGACGCCGAUGCGACAGAAUGCUCACAGAAGCGUCGUCGCCGCACUUAA